GGGGGGGGAGGGAGGGGGUAUCACUGAGGCCCCGCCCGUUUCGUGUUAAUGUAACCAUGGGAAACCAGUCGGUCGCGAAAGUCGGCUCUGUGCUCGCGAGAGCUGCAGUGAGUUCUCGCGAGACUGGGCCACAGCGCCCCCUCCCUGUGCUAUGCGGAGAGAGAAGGGAGGAGAAGCGCUUAGCGUUAGCAGCUUUUCAAACACAAACACAUUUCUGAGUCUCCGGAUCGGAUUUUCUCCCGCAGGAGUUCGGACGCGGCCCGGGGACGCCUUUACGCUCCUUUUCCCCGGAUUGAGUGCGUGAUUGCGGCUGGAAGAAGCGGGAGCCGCGGGAAAGGAGCUGAGGGAAGAAAGCGGCCUGUUUUGUUCCUGAUAUCGGAGCCGCAGUUCGCUCGCGCGCCCGGUUCUGCACAUCUCCCCGUUUUUGUUUUUUUUUUCCUUCUGCCCUCACAGGGUGCCGGUGCGCGCUGUGAUUCGUUCCGCGGUGCUGCUGCUUACUGAGCGGAACCGAUUUUCGGCGUUUCGGGAGAACUUGGAGGAGAAGCGGCCUGGUUUGUUUUUGCAACUGCGGCGCCAUGAACAAUAACAUACACCGCGCUUAACGGCUUCAUCCGCCUCCGCUCCACGGUGUGUGCCGCACAGACCUCAGCUGGACUGCGGGGAGUCCCCCGGAGCGCGUGUGUGUGUGUGAGUCUGUUUACAGGACCAGGAGGUGGUGUGGGUUCGGAGCUCCGUUUCUGCUGCACCGUGUGACUUCCUGCGCGGUGUGUAGGCGCGCGCGCUCGCUCUCUCCGCUCCUCACCGCGGAUGUGUGUGUGGUGUAUUUGGGACGUAGCCGGAGCGCGUGCACGAUAUUUCUCCGGGAUGAGGAUCAUUUGUGGCUGUUUCCUGCCAUGGAAGCGGGAGCGCGCGUGCACGGCGUAACGGCGGCGGACGCGCUGUGUGUGGAGGAGACACGCCGCAUCACGCCGCACGUCUGAACUGUUCGCGUCGGACCGAGCGUGUACACGUGCAUUUAACUCAGGGAUCGUGCACUGCGCGAUUAUUCACACUGAGCUCAUCAACAGCGUCACGUCACUGAGUGUGUGUGUGUGAGUGUGUGUGUGUGUGUGUGUGUGUGUCCGGAUCCUGACCCCCCCCUCCCCUCUCCCUCCUGUGCGGACAUGAACCCGGUAAACGCCACGGCUCUGUUCGUGUCCGCGUGCCGCUCGGUGCUGCUGUGCGACCCCCAGGACCCUCAGGCUCUGUCUGAGCUCCACAGACUGCUGCCAUUCUUCAGACAGUCUCUGUCCUGCCUGGUGUGCGGGAAUCUGCUCCAGAAUCCGAUCGCUCCGACCAACUCCUCGUGCCAGCAUUAUGUCUGCAAAGCGUGCAAGGGGAAGAAGAUGAUGAUGAAGCCGUCGUGCAGUUGGUGUAAAGACUACGAGCAGUUUGAGGAGAACAGGCAACUGUGUAUUCUGGUGGACUGCUACAGGAAGUUGUGUGAAUACAUCGCAGGUUCUCCUCUCGCCAAGCUUAUUUCCAGUGAAGUGGGCGGAGAUCCCGACAUUCUGGCUCUGCUUAAUGAGGGUCUCUCAUCUGAGCACACGGGAGGAGACGAGGGUUUCCUUCUAAACCUGCCGCAUCGCUCUCCCGAUCCCUCGAGCUCGAACACUCCUCCUGAAGAUCUCCAGUCCCUGUGUUUGACUGAGAUCAAGCAGCAGCCGCCGAGCCCGCUGGGAGUAAACGGUCUUCGGGACUGUAACGGGCUGAGCAACAUGGACGAGCUGACGAGCGGCUUGCCCUCGCCACACACCAGCGUCUCGGUGGAGGUCGGCAGCGAGAUGGUGAAGCAGGAGGACUUCAGCAGUGAGAUUCCGGUGUGUGAAGUCGUGGCAACGACCGAAGAAGAGCUCUGUCACCCCAGCAUGGAUAUGUGUGAGUUUGGAGAGGAUAUUAAACAUGCAGGUGGAACUCUCUUACUGAGCGUGGAGGAGGUGCUAAGGACUCUGGAGCCCGAUCCCAUUCCUCAGGUGGGGUGUUCCACUAUUCCACCGAGCCUCAGUGCUUCAGGGAAUAUAAACGGACCCUUUGGAUGUUCUGCUGCCUCGGCUGACUCUUCCCGACCGCUUCCCUCGCUUCCCCUCGACUCUGCAGGGGUGUUAGUUCCUCAGCAUCCUCAUCACAACCCACAGCCGUCCUUGGGAAUUUCCUGUUCCGCUGUAACUCCCAAAGUUCCACGCUCUAACCGCAAGCGCUCACGCUCUGAGAGUGACAGUGAGAAGAUCCAGCCCCUGCCUAUCUCCACCAUCAUCAGAGGGCCGGCUCUUGGUGCCUCGGUCCCCGUUACUAUAAAGUGUGAACCUAAAGCUCUGACGCUCACCACACCCAACAUGACCGCCGUCCUGAACGGUGGAGGACUUCCCAAAGUGGGCAAAGCUCUGAUUGUGCCCAAUAAACCCGUCAAGAAGAGCAUUGAGCAGCACGGACCCAAAAAGGCGUACGCGAAGUCCAAACAGAGCGCCCCGAAAACGAAAGACAAGACGAAAGAGCGACUGGUGAGUAAUCCUCUGGUGCCGGGGAGUCCCACCAAGGUGGUGUACAAGAAAGUGCAGGAGAAGAAGGGCUGUAAAUGUGGCAGGGCCACCCAAAACCCAAGUGUUCUUACAUGUCGGGGUCAGCGCUGCCCCUGCUACUCCAACCGCAAGGCCUGUCUGGACUGCAUAUGCCGCGGCUGCCAGAACUCCUACAUGGCCAACGGUGAGAAGAAACUGGAAGCGUUCGCGGUGCCCGAGAAAGCCCUGGAACAGACGAGGCUCACGCUGGGCAUCAACCUCACCAGCAUCGCCAUGAAGAACCCCGGCAGCGGCGGCGGCGGGACCCCCGGUGCGCUGAACGUCACCUCGGCGGCAGGUUCGCCAAUGGCCUCGUUCCUGUCGGCCGGGCCUCACGAGGACGAGGCGUUGGACAUGAGGUUUGACUGUUGAGCCACGCACAAAGCUCUUAUCGUCGUGCGAACCCUUAUUCCUUAUUCCAGCCCGGCUCGCUCACGUUCCCGAGACGAGCCAGCGGAGUCGUCAAUAAGGCAGCUACUGUGAUUCUGUUCCAGUUCAUGUUAUUGAAUUAGACGUUGCUGAAGCCUGUGCCUAUAAAUCACUUGUAACAUUUUUCUUUUUUUUUAUUAUUUUAUUGUCUUACACACUAUUGUGACUCGAGAGUCAUGUUACUGUAAGCGGAUGGAAUUCUGUUGUUUUUUUCCCAUUUCAGUACAAGUGAUCUAUACAGCAUGAACUUUAGCAAGCAGAUGCCUGACCUCGUUGUUGAGGGUCAUGUUAUGUGGAUUUGUGGAUGAUUUUCAGUUUGUAGGCUAGAAGACGAGACCUGUUGGAUGAAAUGGUACCUGCUACGUCAGUAGAGACUGGUUGUAUUUAUAAGCUUUUUUGUACACCGACUUAUGAAACCCGAUUUCAAAUGACAUUUUAUGAUAUUUUUUAAGUUACAUUAACAACAUUUGCAGUAUUUAUUGGGCAUCACUUAACAUAGAUCACAGGCCAGCUAGGGCUUCAUCAGGAUUUCUACAGAUGCAAUUCACUGAGAUGCAGUAUGUUCGGUUUCUGUCUAAAUUAUGUUGCAGUCCUGUUUGUGCUAGUUUUUGCUGUCUAUAAAACUUUUUUUUUUUUCUUUUGGGCAUUUAAAUACCUGUAAUAUAAAUGUAACAUAUUUCCACAAAAAAAAUCAAAACCUGACUCUUGUCUUUGUUCUCUUUCUUCAAAUGAAUGAAAAGGAGUGUAAAGGAGUGUAAAUUCCUCUGAAACAGUUUUCCGUUUCCUUAAGGUUUGAUGUUUGAGUAUAACACCACGAGAGGGCAGCAGAGAGUCGGGGGUAGGCAUGCUCACAAUUGAAGGUGAGCGCGGACACGUCACCAUUUCUUGAAUCCAGGUGAAGAACCAAAUAUUUAUUCCAGAUUAAUUUCUAUGACAUGAGGCAUUUUAUUUACAGUGCCCUUUCCUGUACACACAUUACAAACCUGAGUGUGGAGUCGAGCUUUUUUAUUUGACAGAAAGAACGCCUUUUGCUGCCUCUUUCUGCUUGUUCUACUUUUACUUAUGCACAUGUGGAACAUCUGGUUUGUGGCUGCAGGCAUGUGAGGGAGCAGAACCCAUAACAUUGACCCUGAUGUUUACCUCCUGACCUCAGUUCCUUUUACUCUGCAGCUUGUUUUGCAGAGUGAGAGACUGAGCAUGCUCACGUCUCCCACGUCAACACAGGCCUGAGGGAAGCUGAGUCACGGGGGAAAGUCCCUCAUGCGACGUACGCAGUUUUAUUGUCCAGUAUUUAUGAUGAAGUUACAUGUAAAACCUUGCGGACUCUCGCAAACUCAACAGAUUACAUUCUUAAACAACAAAACAUUUCUUUUCCUGAUGUUGUGCAACUGAUUCCUUUCACAGUCCAGGAUCUUUUACCCAAAACUCAAACUCCAGACGUCCCAGGAGACUUUAUUCAGUGUCACAUUUCAUUAAAAAGGAUGAAUAAAUGUACAGAGCUGAUUCUCAGGUUUGACUUGUACACAUUCUGAUUAAUUUUCGUGAUUCUGUUUUUAUUCAAUCAUAAAUUACAUGAACAUCAAAGCAGUGAUGAAGCUGAAAGUUCAUGACAAAGUCGUUUAUAAAAAAAAAAACAGUUUGAACAUGAAGAAGAAAAAAAAGAUUAUCCAGAACUUUCCUCAUGUCUUUGUUUUGCUUCUGAAUUCAACAGAAAAAACUGUACAGAUCGACGACAUGCUGCUGUGAUGAAACACCACCAGUGAUGUUGCUGCUGAAUCAGACCUCAGUGUGGUUCCUCAGUCUGCUGUAAAAUAUCGUCUGGUUUCGCUGUGAAGAUACAGAGUAGGAAUUUUCUCUCUGUGUCUCAGUGAGCAGACGUUGUGAUCCCCAAUGUCCUGCUGCAUCUCCCCAAUGUCCUGCUGCAUCUCGAGCACACUCAGCUCCAAUUCAGCUCCAUCUCUGACGCUCUGUGGGUUUCUGACUCCCUCGUGGGGUUUUUAUAUAUUUUUUCUAAUAAAGUGAAGCCGAACUCA